AUGAGCUCGCAUUCAAGGGCAACAAGCAUAGAUGAAUAUGUUAUGAAAUCGCCUCGGAGUGCCACGCUGCACCAGCUGGAUUCCCCGACCUUCUCACGACGCUCCAACGACUCGGACGACUCUCUGCGAGCUCUUGAGCUCAGCGACGGCCCAAACGGCUUUCCUUUAACUGCCGCAAGAGCACGAUCGUAUUCUAUAUCUGGUUUUGACUUUCAGCAUGACCUCUUGCCACUAAGCGCAAGUGUCAGUAAUCCAAACGGCUCUGGUAGCGAGGGUACGAGAAAGGAUAUUGGAGUGGUAAAUGGAAUUGCUCUUAUCAUUGGUCUUCAGAUCGGUUCUGGAAUCUUCUCCUCGCCGGGAGUCGUUGUCGCAAAUACUCAGAGCGUCGGCGCAAGCUUGGUAGUCUGGGUAGCCUGUGGUUUGUUAGCAUGGACUGGCGCUUCCAGUUUCGCGGAGCUCGGCUCAGCCAUCCCGCUUAAUGGUGGUGCUCAGGCAUAUCUCGCAUAUGCGUACAACCCUUUAGUAUCUUAUCUCUUUGCCUGGACGGCUAUCACUGCUCUAAAACCAGGAGGGAAUGGCGCCAUUGCACUCAUCUUUGCAGAGUACAUCAAUCGACUUUUCUUUCAUCUGACGGGGAAAGAUUCCUCUCCAAACGCGAUCCCCCAAUGGUCAAUCAAACUCACCGCGUGCAUAGCUAUCGUACUUGUCACUUUCCUAGGCAUCGCGGCGAGAAGCUUAGGCACACGUACAGCUGUCAUCUUUACUGUUAUAAAGGUUGCAUCAUUGCUCCUCAUCUCUGUUCUCGGUAUAGUUCAGUUAGCCCGCGGGCGGGCCUCUGAGUCGUUCCGACAGCCACUAUUCGAUGGUACGAGUGACAGUCCGUCUGCGUACGCAUUAGCAAUUUUCUCCGGCCUAUGGGCUCUUGAUGGUUGGGAUCAAGUAAACUACGUUGGUGGAGAAAUGCGAAACCCGGAGAAGAAUAUACCUCGCACAAUUCACUUCAGCAUGCUCAUAUCAAUCAUUCUAUACACACUCACGAAUGUAUCAUAUUUUGUCGUCCUUGAUAAGACAACAAUUGGAUUGAGCAAUACCGUCGCGCUAGACUUUGGUCGAGCAAUCCUCGGAACGUUCGGAGGCUCACUCUUUGCACUCAUAGUUGCUAUAUCAUGUUUUGGCGCUCUACACGGCUCUUUCUUCACUUCUGCCCGGCUCAUCUACGUUGCUGGUAACGAAGGUUACCUCCCUCGUGCCUUUGGACGUCUACACAGCACUCGCGGAACUCCGCUUAACGCAAUGCUCCUCCAGGCCGUCGCGACGAUGGCAUUUAUUAUUUUAGGUGGUGGUUUCCGUCGACUUGUGUACUUCGCAGUCGUCGCUGUCUGGUUUUUUUAUUUCCUGACAGUACUUGGUCUCAUAAUAUUACGAAUUAAGGAACCAGAGUUACCGAGGCCUUAUAAGACGUGGAUCACUACUCCGUUAAUAUUUUGCGCAGUUGCUCUAUUUCUACUCCUAAUGCCUAUCAUUGCUGCACCCCUCGAAACGCUUACAGUCGUCGGUUUCAUCCUCGCAGGUAUACCAGUAUACUACCUAACUCGACGACCGGACUCAGAGGGUGCCUCUCGCAUACAAAGUGUUCUGUCUCCAUUCAGUGCCAUCAUAGCCCGCCUCCGAGGUGCUGGCCCCUCACGCGCAGGGUUUGAACGCGUCGCAACCGCUCCGGAGGGAGAGACCGUUGAGUUAUUUAAUGCUGCUGGUGCUUCGAGACGAUAG